AUGUCUCAGGGCAAAGCCUUACCCAUUCCCAUCCGGGCCAAGGCCCCGGCACUACAGCAACAUACAUUGUUCUCAGGAGACCGAUCAGUGUUUUAUAGAGCGAACACGUGUGACCAGCUGGGGUCAGGCUUCUACUUCAUCGCCCUGGAACACUACACCAACGAGGCAGAGGAUGCCAAGUUUAGAACAACUCCCUGCACCUCUGAAGAGGAGGUUUCCCCUGAGCAGCAGCACUGUGAGCAGGAGUGGAGCCCCAGGCUGGGGCAAGAGGACCCAGAGCCCACACAGAUUAAAGAGGAACAGGAGGAACUCAGGACCAGUCAGGCGGAUGAGCAGCUUCAAGGGCUCACUCCUUUAUGUGUGAAAAGUGAAUGUGAUCAGGAAGACCCACUUCGGUCCUUGACUCUUCCCCAAACUCAGACUGUGGAGCACAGAGAAAAGGACCCUAAACCAAUGGAUCUCACACCUUUUGGCACUGUGACCCAGCUCAAGGGUUUUGACAUUCCCUGUGUCCCUCCAGAUAAUCAAACCAAUGCCUACAGCCACAGCUCAGCCAUGAGCAGCCACCCAGUAGGACUUGACAGCAGGCCACCACUGGAUCCCAACCCAACAUCAGAUCUCAACCGAUCAAUGGGGAAACACGGUUCCAAACCCAGCAUCAUGUCUAGAAAGACUCACCGCUGCUGUGACUGUGGUGAAACUUUUCCUCUGAAGGCUGAUCAUCAGAGGCAUGUGACUCAGGCCAAAAAGAGACUCAGUGAAUGCUGCUUCUGCAAAAAUCGCUGUAACUCCAACUGUAAACUGAAGGCCCAUGUCCAACUCGGUCACGGUGGGAAACCCUGCACCUGCCCUGUUUGUGGCAAGAUCAUCAAAUACAAAGGAGAUCUGUCCAAGCAUUUGAGGAUUCACAAAGGUGAGAAACCAUUUAGCUGUGGUGACUGUAGGAAAAGCUUUAAUCGCAAGGAGACGCUAACCAGGCAUACAUUGAUCCACACCGGAGAAAAACCUUUUAGCUGUGGUGACUGUGGCAAAAGCUUCAGUCUCAAGAAUAACCUAAUCAAACAUAAAGUCACUCACACAGGAGAGAAAUCAUUUAGCUGUGGUGACUGUGGGAAAAGUUUCAAUCAGAAGGGGCAUCUGAACGUGCACGUACUGACUCACACAGGAGAGAAACCAUUUAGUUGUGGUGACUGCGGGAAAGUUUUCAAGCAGAAGGUGCACCUGAACUUGCAUAUACUGGCUCACACUGGAGAGAAACCAUUUAGCUGUAAUGUUUGCGAUAAAACCUUCAGAUACAAGGGUACCCUAACCGAACAUAUACGGACUCACACAGGAGAGAAACCAUUUAACUGUGGUGACUGUGGAAAAAGCUUCAUUCAAAAAUGGAACCUAACUGAACAUAUAAGGACUCACACAGGAGAGAAACCAUUUAGCUGUAGGGACUGUGGCAAAAGUUUCAGUCGCAAGCAGACUCUGACCGAGCAUAUACUGACUCACACAGGAGGUAAACAACAUGACUGCUCAGUCUGUGGUAAAAGUUUCACUCAUAAGACUAAUCUGCUGAGGCAUGUGGAUAAAAUCCAUAAAGAAAGAUAUCAGGAAAAAAGCUGAUAGAAGAAAUUACAUUUGGACAAAGAGGAUCUACAGUCAGAUGAUUGGAAUACAAAUGCAGCAUGUGGACAACACUCUUAGGAAAUGAAA